AUGAAAUUACAGUAGUUUUGUUCUAUUUUGUUACUUCAAUUUCUAAGCAUAGGUAGUUUAGAAAUAUCUAAAAAUUGCGUUUGUGGGCAUGUUAGAAGUUAAAAGGAAUGCAAAAGUUCUGGUAUUUGCAUUUGGGAAAUGAAUAGAUGUAAAUUAAACUCAGGCCAAUAUUACAAAAUGGAAAUCUAAAAUUAGCACCACUGCAAAUAAUUUGCAAAAGAGGAUUGUAGAGAAUAAGAAUAAUGUGGCUUUUAUUUGGGUUAAUGUAUUAGCUUUGAUGAUUGUCGAAUUUUUAAUAAAGAUUAUUGUUAAGAAUCUUCAUAUAAAUGUGUCUCUGAUGGCACAAAAUGUGUUAAAAUGUUAGAAUGUAAUGAUUAUAAAACAGAAAAUGGUUGUUCAAAUAAAAAUUAACACGGUAACUAUUGCUUUUGGGUAUAAGACAAAGAAAAAUAAUGUAGAGAUGUUAAAAUAUGUUAAGAAUUACCAAUAUAUUUAAUGAGUCAUAUUAUGUGUAAAGAAGGUUUCGAUUUUUGCACAGUAAGUGAGAAAGGUUAUGGAUGUAUUGAGUAAAUGGAGUAAUGUUCAUAAUAUAUUAAUGAUUUUUAAUGUUUUGAAAAUAGAUAAAACAAAAAGUGUUUUUGGAACUAAAAAAAAGGUAAAUGUGUAGAGAAGGUUUGUGAGAAUCUACCAUUUUCAUAAGAUUAUGAAUGUCAGUCGCAUUUAAGUGAUUGUACAUCAAAUGGAAUUCAUUGUAUAAAAAGGAAGGAAUGUAGUGAUGCUUAAAAUAAAUUUGGUUGUUUUACAGACAUUUAGGGUAAGAAAUGUGAAUAUUAUUAAAAUGAAUGUAAAAUCAAAAGUUGCAGCACUGCUUCAAAUUCCUUAACAAAUUAUUAAUAAUGUUAGGAUUAUGAUAAUUUAUUAGAUUGUGUUACUUCAGAAAAUGGGGGAUGUAAAAAAAGACCUGAAACAUGUGAUGGUUAUAUCAGGGAAAUGGAUUGUUAUUCUAAUCAAUAAUAAGAUUGUGUAUGGUAUUACAAUAAAUGUGAAUACAGAUAAUGUUAUCAUGCUCCGUUUUAUUAUAAUCAUACAGAUUGUAANAUUGUUAUGAUUGGAUUUAUGAUUGUGUUCGUGGUACUACUGGAUGUAAGACUUUCACAGGUAAUUGUACUGAAAUAAAAUUAAUAUACUAAUGUUAAAUAUUUUAGUGCACUUGGUAAAUGGGUAAAUGCGUGAAAAAUAUUGAUUGUCAACUUAACACAACUGCUAUAACGAAUCGUGAAUGUUUAUUAAUAAAUUCUACAUAUUGCAGAUUAAAUUACGCAAAAGGUUAAGGUUGUUCCUUUAUGGAUUGCAGUUAUAUUACAGAUUCAACUAUAUGUAAUUAAACAAACAUCAUUAAUGGGUCUAAUUGUAAAUGGUAUACAUCCUAAUGCAUUAGAAAAUUUUGUUAUGAAUAUAUAAUAUAAUCUGAUUGUGAGAGUAGUUAUGGUUAUUAUACGCAUAUAGUAGGAAAAUGUUAUUGGUGUUCAAAUAAUACAACCAAAUGCUCUAAUAAUAAAAACUGUAAUUUAGGUAGCAUUAUCUAACCUAAAUCGCAUUAAGAUUGCAACGAAAUAAAUUUCAUACAAACAAUUUAAUUUUCAUUAACUUCAAAAUGCACAAUCAAAAAAUAACUAUGUUCAGAAUACACAUCUUAAGAUGCUUGUGUAAGAAGAAUUGAUGGCAUAGACUGUUAUUGGGAUUUAACUGUUUGUAAAAAUAUCUGUUAAGAUCCAUAACUUUCGAAUAUUACGAAUGAUAAUUCUCAAUGUUUCCUUAGGCGUCCAUAUUGUAUGGCAGCAGUAGGUUCAGGGUGCCAAUUACUCAACUGCUUAUCUUUAACUACUAAUUUAGAGUGUAAUAUUUUUAUAGAUAAAUGUAUUUGGAAUGGAUCGACAUGUUAAACUAUUGGUCCUUGUAUUGAUUACACUUCUAGCACUUUAUGCUCGACUACAAAGAAUUCCUUAGGAAUACCUUGUUUUUGGGAUGGUACUAUAUGCUUAGAAAAAACAUGUUCAAAUAAACCUACAGCCCCAUUAAUACCAACAGACUGUUAAGAUUGGCUUGUUAAUUGUUAAUAUAAUAGUCCGAAUAAUUCAUGUGUUGAAGAUUGCACCUAAGCUAAUGUUUUAUAUAAGGAACAUUCAUAAUGUGAGUCUUUUUAUUUAAAUAAAAGUUGCACUGUCAAAGUUGAUUUAAUUCAAUGUGUUGACCUUCCUUUUUCUUGUCUUUCAGCAAAACAAAUUUAAUGUUUUAAAGAUAAAUUUGGAAAUGAAUGCUAUUAUUAAGAAUAAUUAUAACAAUGUGUUAAUUUAACUUGUUAAAAUUUAGAAGCUUUUUAUACAACUCAUUAAAAAUGCAAUUAACGAUUAAAAUCAUGUACAGUAAAUUUAACCUUAGAUGGAUGCCAAUAAUUAGAUGAUUGCAAUAACUAUUUAAAUUAAGAAUAAUGUAAGAUUAGUAAAGAUAAUGUGGAAUGUGAAUGGAUAAUAAAUUAAAAUAAUUGUACAAUCAAGGAAUGUAACACUGCUCAAUUAAUUUUAUAUUCAGCACAUAGUUGUUAAUAGUAUUUUGGUGAUACAUGUACUGUAAAUACAAAUUUAGAUAGAUGUGAGAUUGCUUAAAUCUUAUGUAUGAAAUAUACAUUUGAAUAAUGCAAAAGUGAUGGACAAAAAAACUUAAGUGGAAUUUAUUGCUUCUGGGAUGAAGGGAAAAGUACUUGUUUAGAAAAGAUAUGUACCAAUGGACCUGCACUUGCCUAAUCUCAUGAAGAGUGUAUAGGGUUCCUUUCUACUUGUUAAAAAGGAGGUUGUCGAAUAAAAGGAUGUUUUGAUUAUAAUUAUGCUAUUGAUUCAGCUUGUGCUUCUAUAUUUGAAGAUAAAAGAUGUGUAACUAAUGGAUAUCAAUGUAUUUUAAGAAAUGCUUGUGAAGAUGUUAAUAUUAUUGAUGGCUGUACAUUUGAUAUCGAUUAUAAUCCUUGUGUUUGGAUUGAUGAUAAAUGUUAUACCAAAACUUGCUAAACUGCAUCAAUUACUUUUAUUACAUAUUAGGAAUGCAAUUCAUAUUUGUCAUAUUGUACAGUUAAAUAAGAAGGAGGAUGCACUUAUAAAUAAAGUUGUUAGGAUUAUAUAAUCAAAGAAGCUUGCUUUACAGAUAAUGAAAAUUUAGAAUGCAUUUGGGAUGAGUAUUUAAAUAAAUGCUUUUCCAAUUUAUGCAUUGAAUUUUGUGGAGAUGGUAUUGUCUCAAGCAAGGAAGAACAAUGUGAUGAUGGAAAUUAUUUACCUUAUGAUGGUUGUUAUAAAUGUCAAAUACAUUGUCCAUUAGGAUGUAAUUUUUGUAAUGGUAUGAUAUGUGAAAAUUGUUAAAAAAAUGGUUGGGUAUUGAAUAAUGGUGUUUGUACUUCAAUAUGUGGAGAUGGAUAUGCAGUAGGAAAGGAAUUAUGUGAUGAUGGAAAUAAUAUUGAAUUCGAUGGAUGUUAUUAAUGUUCUUAUUCAUGUCAUCAGAUGUGUCUCAAUUGUUUCUAAGGAUUAUGUAUUGAAUGUCAAAAAGGAUACUUAGAAGAUGGAUCAUAAUGUAAUAAUAUUUGUGGGGAUGGAUAUUUAAUUUAGCAAUUAGAAUAAUGUGAUGAUGGAAAUGUUUAAAAUAAUGAUGGAUGUAGCUAUACUUGUAAAGUUGAAAUGAAUUGGAAAUGUCAACAAGAGAAUAAUAUUAGUGUUUGUAAUUACGUUAUUCUACCUAAGAUUCUACUUACUAAACUCUCCAAAACAAUCUCAGAUAAUCAAGAAUUUAAAUUAUCAUUUUCUUAACAAGUACGUUUGAAUGUAACAGACAUUAGUGAAGAACAAUUUCUAUAGAUGAUUAUAGUUGUUAUUGAAAAUGCUUAAGAUAAUGAAUAUGAUGUUGAAAUUAAACCCAUUAAUUCUAUUACUAUUGAAUUAACUGAUGUAGCAUAUAAAUUAUUAGUUAAUUUUAAAUAGAAUAUUGAGAAUCCUGUUUUAAAAGUAACAAUCAAGUGUGAUAAUAUUGUAGAUAUAUGGGACAAUACUUUAUAGUCUAAUGUAGCAAGGUUAACAUUAAAAUCUCCUUAUAAAAUGUCAAAUAAUCAUAAAUCACUUUUAUAAAAAACUGCUCUUUUAGGUAGAAUUGUUAUGUAUAUCAUUUUGAUUGUAAGUUGUGUUGCUUUUUUAUUUGGCAAUUUAGAAAUUUUAUGGAAUCUGCUUGAUAUGCUACAAUAAUUAUCAUUUAUGAAAUAUCACAAUCUUCAAUUUCCAGAAAACUUAUAAAUUUAUUUUGAAAUAUUUACUAUUGGAUCAUUUACUCCCAUAAUUGAUAUAUUGUAAACAGAUUUAUUUUUACAAAAUCUAUUUGAUUAUUAAAUUCCACUUAUACCAGCCAAAUGGAAAUUCGAAUAUUAUUAAAUCAAUUGUUAUUUUUUAUAAAACCUAUUAACACUAUUCUCUGUAGUGAUAUUGGGAUUUGUCUAUUUUGUAAUCUCGUAUUUAUUUUAUAAAUUUCUUAUAAUUAUUAAAUAUUAGAAUUGGCCAGCUAUAUUUUACAAUAAUUAUCCAGAAUUUUUUUAUAAGGUAAUCAAAUUUAUUUUUUAACUCUAAAAACUGGCAAGAAAAUAAUAUGAAUAUUUUAUUUACUCUGGAUUAAUCAGAAUUUAUACAUCUAACUUUUAUGAAUUGACUUUUACAUCUAUUUUACAAAUUGUCAACUUAAAUUUAGAUACAACUAUUAAUACAAUUAUCUCUUUAUUGGCAAUAAUUACAUUAAUAUGUAAUUUUUUCCUUAUAUAUUUUGUUUUUUCAUAUCUAAGGAAAAAUGAUAGAGUAAAUAAAACUGUAUCAGUUUUAAUAGAAGGAAUAGAAAAUAAAAUAAACUAAGGAACUAAAUAAUAUUUUACUAUUUUAUUAUUGAAAAAAACCCUUUUCAUUAUUAAUAUUGUUGCAUUUUAAGACCUUGUAGCUGCUUAGAGUUUAAUUACAGCCUUGGUAUCAGGAGUAUUUUGUUGCUAUAUUAAAAUUUAUAAACCUUUUGAGAAUAAAUAUGAAAAUACUAAGUUAUUCAUAACAGAAAUUCUGAUUAUGUUAAAUACUAUAGUCUUCUCUAUAUAUGAAAUUAUCAAAUCUAAUGAAGACAAAGAAUAAACUGAAUUAUUAGGCUGGAUUAAUGUAGCAGGUUUCACAUUGAUUCUUAUUUUAACACUAGCAAUUGAUGUCUACUAACAAAUAAAAAAAUACUUUAAAUUGAUUAUGUUUUAAUUUAAUUAAUGCUUUGCUAGUUAAAAGAACAAUCCAGAAUAAACAAAAAAGAUGAUAUGUAAUAUUUGA